AUGGGCGAUUCGUUCACCGGCAGUGGUGUUGGUGGUGGGAUAGCGGCGGCCGGUUGGAGCAACCUGACCCCAUCGCCGUCCUCCUCAUCGUUAUCGCUGGUCAGCAGCAGCAGUAACAGCAGCGGAGGCGUCGGAACUCAUUCCAGCAGUGGUGGCGCAAGAAAAGGAUCCUCGUCGUCAACGGGCGCGCCGUCCGCGUCGUCAUCGUCUUCUGCGGCGGCGGCAGCGGCAGCAGCAGCCGCCGCUGCCGCCCUGGCGAUGGCGGGCAUCUCGCCCUCUGCCACCGCGUCCUCGGUAGUGUCACCUUCCGGUGCGGCGGCAGCGGCCCUGUUUUCCGGUGGCGGUGCAUUCAGCUCACCUUCGCUGAGCGGUUCGGCCGGCUCGUCCAGUAGUGGGGGCAGCUUUUAUGACAAGAAAACCAUGUCAUCGUGCCGCUAUCAGCAGGAAAAGGGCGGUGCUGCUGCCACAGCGCAGAUAAGCUCUUCCGCGCUUGCCGACUACUACGCCGCGGGCGCUGAAGCGGGCAGCGGAUCGGCAGCGGCAGCGGUUGCAGCCGCUGCUGCCGCCGCCAGCCGUAUGCUUGGCCACGGAUCAUCCAUAGUACCCCCCUCCGUUUACUCAUCAUUCCAAGAGUCGGCACUAGCGGCGGCGGCGGCUGCCGCAGCCGCCCAGCAUCAUCAUACGGGUGGUGGUGGAGGUGGAACAAGCGCUGGUAGUCUUGGUGGUGGAGGAAGCAUUGCUGGUGGGAACAGUAUUAGUGUGUACGAUACUACCAGCACCGCGGCACGGUCCUGUGCGUUACCUUCGCCCACCAUCUACCCACCGACGCCGCCCCCUUCCGCCCCGUGGAUACAUCCCUGGUACGGCGGGGAUACGUUUUAG